CUCUGGCAGCUAAGGCUCCCUGCCAGCACUGAGCACCUGAAUUUCAAAUAAGUUGUUUUUGUCAUGGAAUUGACCAAACUGUCAGACAUGACAAAGCUCCAUCAAGCUGUGGCUGCAGGGGACUACAAGUUAGUAAAAACCAUUUUGAAGAAAGGUAUCUGUGACCCAAACUACAAGGAUGUGGACUGGAAUGACCGAACCCCACUUCAUUGGGCGGCAAUCAAAGGGCACAUGAAGGUGAUGCAGCUCCUUAUAGACUAUGGAGCCAGGCCCUGCCUGGUAACUGAUGUGGGCUGGACCCCAGCUCAUUUUGCCGCUGAGUCAGGCCAUCUGAAUGUGCUUAAAACUCUCCAUGCUUUGCACGCCGCCAUUGAUGCCCCUGACUUCUUUGGAGACACACCAAAGAGGAUCGCACAGAUCUAUGGGCAGAAAGCCUGUGUGGCUUUCCUGGAGAAGGCCGAGCCCGAGUGCCGGGACCACCGUCUCACUGCCACGCAAGAGGGGCUGCCGCUGGAUCAGCGGGACGAAGACUGGGACGCCAAGAAAUGGGAGAUGGAGCAGUCUCUUCCCUCAUCGAAUCAAAACACUAAUAAGAAAAAGAAUAAGAAAAGUCGAGGCCACACCAGGCUCAGCAAUGCCACAGAGCGGAGAGUGUGAAAAGGCUGGCGCCAUAGGGACUGGGACCUAUUUUCUGGUGGGAGAUUUCCCCUGGCACCAGACUGGAGAUUAUCAGGCGUGUGUUGUUCUUUACAUGAUUUAUUAGGUUGGUGCAAAAGUAAUUGCGGUUUAAAAUGUUAAAAAUAAUGGCAAAAACCGCAAUUACUGUUGCACCACCCUAAUUACUCAUAGACCAUUAGUCAGAUGGCUUGUACUGGUAGCUCAUGACUUGUCAUUCAACCCAGAAUUCUUGCCUGGGUGCUCUCCACAUGGGUGGUUGCCUCCUUGCUAAUGCGUGCUGUCCUCAAGAAUUACCAGGAGGAGACAAAUGUUAGCUGCUUGCAUGUUGUGAUCAGUGAUUUGUACCUUCAGCAUCUCCUGACCCCCAUAUGCAACUAUAGAAUUUCAAAAGAGCUCCUCUUAAGGAAACUGUAUUGUUUAAAUGCAAACAGACAAACAAAACCCUCAAAAAUCGACAAAAUACUCUGUUUAGUCAAUCUAACAAAAAAAUUAUUUGGUAUCACAUAGAUACACGAAUGUAUCUCUCAGUUUCCAGCUGCGUUCUUCCUUUGUGAAGUAGAGGCCCACCAUCUCAGCAUGUCCAUCUUUACCAAUAAUCACUUCUACCCAGGAAGAACAGACAAUAGACUAAUUCACUGGGAGAUAACUGAGAACCCGGACCCCGACAUGAUUUAAUCUCGCCAUACAUAAUUAAUGCAAAAUAGCAUGAAAUAAUGGAAUGUGGUUGCAACUGUUAUUUAACUGUAUGUUUUAGGAAAUUUAAUACCAGUCAGAUAUUUCCUAUGAAAAUAUUGCAUCCAAAUUGAGAUGUGCUGUAAAUGUAAAAUGCAUAGCAGAUUUUUGAAGACAGUACAAAAAAUGUAAGAUAGAUCAUCAAUAAUAUUUUAUAUUGAUUACAUGUUGAAAUGAUAGUAUUUUGGAUAUUGGGUUAAAUCAAAGAUAUUAUUAACAUGAAUUUUACCUCUUUUCUUUUACUUUUUUAAAAAUGUGGCUACUAAAAUAUGUAACAUCACAUAUGUGUCUUGCUUUUUUCCCCUAUCAGACAGCACUGCCAUAGAAAUUAGAGAAUAUUUAAAGCAGGCAACUGGUCUGAUGCACCUUAAUUGGCCACCCCACAUUCUAGGUUUACUGGUUUCUAAAACAAUAUCUUUAGGCGUCUAACAUCUUUAUUAUAUUCCUCAAUUAAUGCUUAUGUUAAGAGACAUCAUGUUAGGUUUGGAUUUUCUGAAAUGAAUAGAUGCUUGAACAUCUUAUAGUUAGGAGGAUACCUUUCUAGUGUUUGUCCACCCUGAAUGUCAGUCCCCUUUCUCUGUGCCUUGCAGUUCAGAGGGGUGGUUCCUGCUUGUCAUGUUUGUACUGAUCCCCAACCAGUAGGAACAUUGGAAGACCGCUAACUCACCCAGGAUCAAUACGAUUCUUCUCCUGGGAACCUGAAGAAAGUUUUCAUGAGAGGAUGGAUCAGUAGCAUAUAACCUCAGAAGUAUGGAGUAGCUAAUUCUACAAUAAGGCUGGGGAAGUAGAGAGGUAUUCUACUAAGAGAAAGAGAAGACUGAGGGAAAAGAUGAAGGAGGGAAGACAG